AUCUUUGAGCUUGCAGAGUAGACACCAUGAGCAAAGCUCACCCUCUCGAGCUGAAAAAAUUUAUGGACAAUAAAUUAUCAUUGAAAUUAAAUGGUGGCAGACAUGUUCAAGGAAUAUUGUGGGGGUUCGAUCCAUUUAUGAAUCUUGUGAUAGAUGAAUGUGUGGAAAUGGCAACUAGUGGGCAACAGAACAAUAUUGGAAUGGUGGUAAUACGAGGAAAUAGUAUCAUCAUGUUAGAAGCCUUAGAACGAGUAUAAACAAUGGACGUGUUUGUUCAUCAGAAGAAUCAACUGCUUCCACAUGUCCCCUCUCCAUAGUACCUGUUUUACUACAAUAUAAAAAUCAGAUCGUGUGCAUUUUCAUAUU